AUGCCCAAGCCCAAGCGCAACGUCCAAGCCGUGCAGGAAGAAACGCUGACACCCCCGACGACGCUGACCCCGGGCCAGAAAAUCGCUCGCGUCAAAAAUGCCGCGGGCAAGAACCUGUACAACCUCGCCCUGCCCUCCGGUGAGGCACUUUUGUGCGAGCUGCCCGCCAAGUUUCGCUCCACCGUCUGGAUGAAGCGCGGGUCGUAUGUCCUCGUCGACACGACGUCCUUGGCGGGACGGGAGAAUAAGAUCGAUGGCGAGAUUGUCAAUAUUGUUGGCGAUGUUAAAGCUUGGAUGAAAGCUCCCUUCUGGCCUGGGGAGUUUGCGGCUACCAAGUCGAGCUAUCAGCAAGAUUCGGAUGAGGACUCGGAUGCAGGACCGCAGAUGCCUCCGUCAGAUGAUGAGGAUUGA